ACAAGAACAAUUGGUUAGCAACUACUAUACCCUGAACUCUUGGUUUAGUCUACAUAUAUCUCAAAAGCGAGUAAUGGAUUGAGGGUCGAGUUUGCAGAAACAGAAAGUUUCUUGCGGUCAUUUUACAGUAUUUCAUUAUGGACGAGUUGUUUCCGGCCGUGUAGCUUGGAAAAGUCAAAUAUCUCCUAAGGAAAACUCGAAAAGAGUUAAAAUGCGCACGACUUAGGACGUGCAAUAUGAUUGUCUUCACGCAAAACAAUUUGUAAAGCACAAAGAAACGUCUCGAGAAGAAAUCCUAAACUCUGAAACCUACUCGCUAAAGGUCGUGGAAAUGCCUUUCCGGUUCUGACCGGUGUGUUGGAGAAUGAAAAGGAAGCGAGACGGCUUUACCAGACUGACUAUAUGUACAGAGCAGGGUGCGAAGCCCUGUAUUUAAAUCAGACCGAUCCCCGGGAAUAUAUGUUUCUGUAAAGUAUAUUGAAAUCAUGCCGAAAUGACCUCUUCGGCGAAAAUCGCAGCCGAUUUUUCCAUCGACGACGCUUUUGAGAUUGAGACCGACGAAGAUGACCGGGAUAUCACGUCACCGGCCCGCUUUGGAACUUUAAACUUCGACAGGAAAACUAAUCUUAGCCUUCCGACAGGACGGAGCAACGGCCACAACCCGAGCUCCGAGUCAGAUGAAUCCAACUUAAAGUAUCAGAAUCUUCAGAAUGACGAGGAGGGCAUGUACAGCAACAGCAGGCCUGUUGGCAAUAUUUUUAUUACAAGAAAUACAGGCAGAAGUUCGACUCGCAGCUCCCAGUGGUCCUUCAGCACCAUCAGCAACACCACUCAGUUGUCCUACAGGGAGUGUUUCAGCUGGAUGCAGCAUCCUCUGAUCGUGAAGAAUAAAAAAGUAGUCUUUGCUUCCUUCCUGUUAGUAAUUGUUGGAACAGCGCUAAUUUUCACUGGCAUUGGAGUGCAGCUGAAUCCUGCCUCAGGUGUUUCCAGUGCAAUCUUCUUUGUCCCUGGGUUCCUGCUAAUAAUUCCUGGAGUUUAUCAUGUGAUCUUCAUUUAUUUUGCUGUACGUGGGAGGAAAGGCUUUCGAUUCUUCUACCUGCCUUAUUUUGAGAAGUAGCCUUUGUCGAGGAGCCUCCCUGGCCUGCUCUGUGACCUCUGAUGAACCUUGGUCUUACAGAAGACUGACAUAUGGACCUGUGUUAUCCUGUUUUUCAGAUGAAGGAAGAUCUAAGUUGUACUUCAUGUGCACAGAGUAAAAUAUCCAGCUACAUUCCUUUUUUUUUUUUUUUUAAAGGACCAAAUGUUUUCUCUUCUCUCUUUAUUUGUAUCAGCUGGUUGGAAAGAAGUCGAGUAAACAUGAAGAAUGUAAUCGACUACUCCUCUUCCCUCAAGAGUCAAACUGCCACAUUUUAUUUCUCUGAAACAGUGGCUUCUUUACAGAAGUGCUACCUUCUUCAGAUCCAGUUUAUGAACUUGGGUACAUGCUGCUCUCUGAGGCUUAUGGUAGUACAGGCAGGAGAUAUGGAAGUCAUAAUUAACACCAAUAUUUUUGUAUAGUAUUUAAAAUUGCCAUGUGUGGGGACUUUAGCCACUAGACAUUGUCUCCUGACAUAAUGAAGUAAAUGACAGCCCAGAGCAUCAUAAUGUUGUCAUAAAAAUCUACUGUUUUACUCCAGUGUUGGAUACUGUGAUUUAGAAUAUGACUGGGAUGAAAACUAAAAUAACAUUUUGAAUGCUCUUCACUCGUUAAGGCCAAACAGAGUGGACACGUUGCAAGGUUUUUAGAUUUCCCUGAAAGGAAGAAGCCAAAAGGGGACAAGCGAUGUAGCUGCUUUCACAGGAUUUCAACUCAACUCAAGUGUAAUCUAGUGACAAGGGUCCAUCCUGAGCUGCUGUUUUACUACCCUAUCACUGGCUCAAUGAUCCACCAAAUGUGACACUGCUUAUUAAGAGUGCCAGCUGCCAUGUCAGUAUACACAAGACAAAUGAGAGCUAAGUGAGUAGAGCAGUUGUACCACAGUCAAUUUUAAAUGUCUGAUAUGUAAAAGAACAACAUGGCCCGGGCCCCUAAAACUGGCAGCCUGACACCAAGAAACCUAGCCUUAGCUUUAAAACCAGCUUGGUUUAAUAUGAAACUGGAACUAUGCAGAAAGCGAAACUGAGAUCUGAUGUUUAAAGGGUGCAUGUUUAAAUUUCACGAGUUUCCAGUGGCAGUAGUGCAAUUCAAAAGCUACUCUUGGUGCAGUUGAGGUGCAGGGCUAUGGAACAUUGUGCAUUUUAAACCGAGCCCAAGUACUAUUUCCAAAACCCAGCUUCUGUUAUUGAGCUGAAAUAUUAUAUAAUAAAAGAGUAAGAUGUUUGAACCUGGGGCAAAAGUCUUCAAGCAUACAAAUGAUAAAUGUAGUGUUUACAAACGCAUACAGUGAAACAGAGCAUUUGAAUAUUUUCAGGAUUACUAAUGUGCCAAAAAUGUUUUUAUCCUAGUCAUUGAAAAUGUUAAAAGCUUUAUGAAAGGGUGAUCCUAUUUUAAUGGACUACUAAACUGCUGAAAUGUGCCAGCCUCCUUGAUGAAUGAGCUCAACCGACUUUUACUAAAAAACUUGACCAGUUUCAGGCAUAUUCUAAAUUCUGUUCUUCUGUUGAGUAACAUCUUAUAGACUAAACUUAACUUACAAUUGGUGAUCACGCAAUAAUCUUGAAAAACAACUUUUGUUUAAUUUGCAGGGCUGCCAGUUUAGUGUCUCCACUGUGACCUUCAGCAAGUCAUGUAAACAGCUCAGGCUCCAGUUACAGAACAAUCCAAAUAGAUGAUAUGGAUAAAAAGAAGUAGUUCAAUAAAUAGAAAGUAUAGCAAGAACAGCAUACUAUAUGUUUGGGUCAUUCUCAAACAGUAUGAAACAUACAAUGAGCACAUCAUCUCAUUACAAAAAGAAACUGACUUCAAACACCUGAUUGCCCCAUCUUAUACAUGACCCCUUCAUCAUGCUAAUGUAUAGCAUUGAUGACAUGGUAGUAUAGAUUUCUCCAUCAUAAUGUAUGAAAUGAAUGGCUUGUAAACAAAUCGACCAAGAAAAGUUUAGGCAAGCAUGGCCUCUUACAUGUACGGAAGUCCACACAGUAGUUGCAUAAAGUGCCCCUAACCUGCCCUCACUCGUAGUAAAGUUCUAAGUAUGUGAAGCUAUACACCAGUGGAGGAAUGUUAAACUUCGGAAAUAAAUGAUUACAGCAGACAGUAUAACAUGUUUUAUUGCUUUAAGUGAAUAUUUUAGCAUAGUUUUACAACCUGCUAAUUAAUGGAUUUUUAUGUAGAUGAGUCCAGGUUGGAGGUCAGGCUUGCCUUCAUAAUUUUCACUAUGAUUGACAAUGUGAAUUUCUUCCUGUUUUGUAACCCAGUUGAAUGGGUUAGCGGGAGCCUAAAUAUGUUAUAAAAAUAUAGAUGCUAAUAUCAUAAAAUACUGUAGGUGGCUGAAGAAAGACUCAAACUUCCCUUAGUUGGAUUUCAGAUACUGGCCCUUUAUAAAUUGUUAAGAAGGAAGUGUUUUGUUUGAUGGGCCCUUUAAGGGAUUGUUUCCAGUCUUGGGAUUUCUCUCCUCAUGGAACUUGCAGAAGCCUAAUUGGCUUACUCAGCAAAUUACUUUGAUCAUUUGGUCAAAGGUUUUUAGUACUAAAUAUCAGGCGGUUUUCUAUUUGAGCUCUGAAUUAAUGGGUCUAGGCAAUAAAUUUUUUUUUAAUAUUUUGGCUAUACAUAAAUCACUUUCUAUCUAUACUUGAGAACUUGACAGUAAAUGAGAUUUUUUUGUCAAGGAUUAAUAAAGAAAAUGUAACAUCUA